AUGCACCUCCUUGUCCCCAUUUGUCUGGUUGCCUUAGCCAAUGCACAGACUUCCGAGGUUACUAUCGCGACCGCAACUGACGUGACUACUGCUGCAACGACUACCCUUGCUGAUUCGACUACGGUUGCUGGUACGGCUUCGGUUGCUGGUACGACUACGGUUGCUGGUACGACCACGGUUGAUGGGACAACUCCCAUGGUUGCUUCACGGACACCCGCUGUAGUCACAACUGCGCUUCCUGUCACUGAGAAUCAGGCUACCACUGUGCCCUUCUCCACUGCUUCUGAAGUCACAUCCACUCCCAUUCAAUCGACUACUGCAUCGACUUCUUCCAGCCUCGCUACCAGCAUUGCCGUAAGUACGAGCACGCCUACCGUCGCCGCUGACGUUGCCACUACCAGUGCCGAAUCGGAGGUUCAGACAACUGCGGUGUCCACCACAGGUCUGCGUAGCACAACGGUGGAUGUUCCCACCCGUGAGUUGAUCGAUCUGAUGUUGUGUUUGGGAUACCUUCUCCAGUUCUCAGCUGAAUUUUAUCCUACCAUGAUGCGUCUCGCUAUCUUGUUCGCCACUCUUGCUGCGGUUACUUCACAGUCGACCACUGUUGCCCCUUCCAGCGCUGGUGCUACGACUGUGCCCACUACUGCCGCUGCUACUUCUGUGGCUGCUACAACUGUUUCAGCCGGCGUUACAAGCACUGUUGCGGCCGCAACUACUAGCGGGGACGCUGCUACUUCCAAUCUACCGACCACCACAGCAGAGAGUACCACUGUCGCGCCGACUGCUGCCGAGACCACUGCUGGCCCAACUUCUAACGCUAUUGCAGCUGUUGGGAGCUUGAUUAUUCUCGCCGUGUCUGGUAUCAUUGCAAUGUAA